AUGUUCCGCCCUGCAUCUGAUGAUACUGCGGCAAUCCCAUCCUUACUUUCCGUAUCGGCGUCGCAGCCGAAGGUCGAUUUCGUCCACCCCGGCUACGACGGCGACUUCAUUUCUGCGGCCUUCCUUUCGCUCCCCCCCCUCGAUGACGGCGGCGUUUGCUUCGAUACGGCCAUUGCGGCCUGCGGUCUUAUAGCCUGCAAUCAAUGGACCGGCUAUCUUUCUACCGACAAGGCCGGCCAGAAUCGCGUCGCCCGGCCGGCGGAUGGCAUCUUGCGCAACCACCCAUAUUACUAUUUCCACGUCCCUGUAACCGGGUCUCUCCCAUACCCCGUCAUCCCCCGUUUUUCAGACUGGGCAUUUCCGCAUGGCAACCUCCCCGCGCCCUGGGCCCGCUUGCAGCUGCAAACAAACCCAAAUAUCCAGGGUCAAUGCAUCGCGACCAAAUACAGCCACGGCGUUGACAGCGCGCAUUGCGUCCCUUCAAGCGAAAGCGAAUGGUGGGAUUUCAACUACAUGGGCCGCUACAGCUCUUCAUCUGCUGUCAAUUUUUCUACCCAGCCUCAGGAUAGUCCUGCCAAUCUGAUACCUCUCCGUGCGGACUUUCAUCGCGUGUUCGACGGGCGCCACCUUUGUUUCGUCCCCAAAGAGGUUAAAACUGCCGAUUCCGCCGCAAUACAAACCUGCCUUUACAUUCAUGUGUUUGUUCCCUCCUACAACGGCCAAGUUGCAGGUCUCUGGCACAACCGCGCUCUGCACCCUUUGCCCCCGGGCCUUUCCAAAGAAUGCCUUUUUGCCCGCUUCGCUUAUACGGUCCUUAGCCCUGCUGUUUUUGCCUCUUCAGUAUUUCUGGGAGGCAGCCGUGUAGCCCGUCAUCUCUGCACCCGCGACCCCAAAACCCAAACCCCAACCGCAAAAAUGGAAAGUCCCGAUAGCUGCCGCAGGAUCUUGCGCACUGCUCGGUCCAGAAGCCCGAGAAAGCGGAGUGCGCCUCCCGGAAACGACGAUGAUGCAGGCGGUUGCAGUGAGGGCGACAGCGACAGCGGGUAUUUCAGCCGAAAAGCUACACUAUCCGGUACCUAUGGUUUACCGUUUCAAUUGCUUGAGGAGGAGGAGGAGGAGCGAGGGCGUAGCCGGAAGCGAGCUCGUGUGAUAGGGGGAGAAUAA